UACGGCAGUUUAGAUAUGUCGUCAGCAGAUAAUGAUUGAGAAUAAUAUAAACACGCUUGUUAGUGUAAGUAUGCUUAUCGUAGCUUAACCUCGCGCUUAUCAGCACGUGAGAGGGCGGGAAUCGGCGCGUUGGGUCAUCCAAGUUUCGCGUCAUGUAAGGAAGGAUAACGACGAAAUCCAAAAUUGACUUCAAGGCAAGGCAAUCAUUUCCACAAGGAUGCCUACUACUUAACGAUUCUACCAAUACCAGAGUCACAUUGGGCAUUUCCGAUGCCUUGAAGAAGACUGCAUAUCCCCUUGUCACUAUGUCUAUGGACGUUCCUCCAGAUCAGAAUACCGCUCCGGUCCUCGAAUUUCGCUGCCUCUAUACAGCUGAUACUCGUCGAAAACAGAAGCGUUGGCAAGAUGGGCGACUCAAAUUUCAUACUUUCAACAAGCGUGUCAUGGUGUUUGACGAAAAAGGAAAUUUAGUGGGAGAUACACACUGGCGCGAAAAAGCUCCACUUGAUGAGGGAGCGGAGUUGGAGUUGGAAAGGAAUGGCAUAUUAGUCGCAGUAACGGAAUUCAUAGAAAGGAGGGAUCAAGAUCUCACGGAGCUCAUUGAUAAACGAGUCAGAGAAAGGGAGGAGCGAUUUAUUGCAAGAAAUGGAGAUUCAUCACCAGCACGAUCCGCAGCAUCUGUUAUUCGGUCGCAAACUAUUGCAGCAGCUCAUCUUAAGCCGAAACCACUUAACUCUAUACUGGGCACACCUUCUGGUCACUAUGGAAAAGCAUUUAUACCAAAUACAUCUCCGUUUGAACAACGGCAGAUGCUGAAUGCUAGCCAUGCAAGUGAAAAUGACAGUCCCAGGCCUACAAAACGACGUAAGGCAAAUGAACCCCAACCAAGCAAAAGUGGCUUCGCGCAGAAUCUUAUGGGGGCUGCUUUGUCAUUCACCCCAACACUAUCAAACACUGGAACUAUAAGAUAUGAAUCCCUAAAGCUCAAGUCCAUUGAACGAUUCAAAAGUAAUGACAACAGUGAAUAUGGAGACAGCAACGAAGCUGUCCCAUCCAAUAGGAAGCAGAGUUUGGUAGUCAACAUGGAUAGAGACAUAGACACCUCUAAGAGUCGAAUGCAAGCACGGAAGAGAGAAAAGCCUGAAAAAAGUGGAUAUGCUAGCAACCUUACUGGCGCAUCUCUAUCACUUUCUUCUCUUCGCGAGGCUACAUCUGGAAAUAUGUCAAUGAACUCAUCUGUGCAAAAGAACCAAUCAACAACUAUCGACGUUUCAGUGGAUCCGAGCUCUGAUGGAGACGGCCACUUGGCUCUAGUUCCUAGGCCCAGAAGAGCUGCAGGCAAGGAAAAGAAACGCUCAGUCGACUUAUCUGACCAGAUUUCGCGAUCGUCAACUCUGCCAUCAGGAAUCACGCCCACAUCUAAACCAGCAGCAAAAGAGUCAACUAAACUGCAAGAGUCUCAGAACAGAGCCUCGCCACUGAAUCAGCUACCGGAAAGACCCCAUUCAUCUCUACGCAUCAGGUCUCGUCCACGGAAUAAGAUGUUGAUGUUUAUAGAUAAACCCAGCCCAAAAUCAUCUACAUUUGCAAUGGAAAAUGGGACCAAUAGUUCGGUCAACUCAGAUUCUUUUAUUCUUUCAGCUAAACCAUAUUCCAGCUCCAAGUCGUAUUUGUUGACAACAGAACGAGAGGCAGCCUUAGCUGCAGGGAGAGCAUCCUCGCCACUUAGGUCCUCGAUUAGUAAUGAUGCAAAAAAUGGUUUGGUUAAUGAUUAUGGCAAUAAUGAGCCGCACAUUUUGGCGUCCCGGAACGAUUUAAAUCAUAGUAACUUUGAAGAGUCGUUCUCCUCCUCGGCAGACAUUGGUGUCGAUCAUCAAACAAUAGAUGCAAUUCUGUCCAGCGACAGGCUGGAGGCCCACAACUCUCUACCCAAUGCUGCAUCAUCGUUGAUGGACCAGGGACAUUCGGUAUAUAAACAACGUCGCUCGAGUAACAUAGGAGAUAGGUCCAGACGCCCUAGAUUGGACGAUCUUUCAAGCUUGAUUGAUAAGAUUCCACAGAGAGCUGAGGAUCAUGCGCAAGAUCAUGGAUACCAAUUACCCAAACAUCUACCCAAGGCGUCAGGAACUACAAAGAAACGAAGUGGUCAUGCUGUUGACCCGAACAAGGGCGCCGCGCCAGAUUCGGAUCCAAAGACUAAUGCUUUAGAUACGUGGAAAGAAUCUAAUGUGCGUCCUUUUCUUGCAGAAGGUGGUAUGACAGCAGUUUCUGAACCUACCCACAAACCUAACACCAGAUCUGUCACUACACCAAAUCCCGCGGAAAAGAUAACGCCAUGCGCCCUCCAACAGAUACCGGUAAUACCAAAAACUACGCUGCAUCCUAAUAUUGCGGAUAAAAGCAAACCCGGAAAUUUGGUACCAGAGACUGUGAUGAUUCCAAAAGCUGGAUUUGAGGGUGAAGAAAGUGCUGUUAGCAUCAUGCAAGGGGUGGGCUCGGAUAAUAUCGAAUCAGAUAAGCUUUUGGUAGGCAUAGCAUCUAAUGGUUCUACUUUCAAUGCAACUGAUAGCUUCAUGGCUAAACUCAUGCCGGCGCCAAAUCAACAUCGACUGGAAACAGCCUGUAUCAAGACGACUUCUAGUCUCGUUUUCCAACCAUUGAAAUUCCCUCCACCCGCGCAAUGUUCUUCUAACAAUGUCGAAAUUAAGCAGUCAUCAAGCUCAAUUCCAGACUUUAUCCCUGUCGAGCAAAAACGAAGUUAUGAGGCCGGCGGGUUUGUGUCAGCAAAUCAAAUAAUAGAGAAAGAGGCACAAAGUCAUACUCAUGGUCUUUCAACGCUUAGAAUAAUCAACCCCGCAACUCGUGGAAUAUCCCUCCAGAAGGCUGCAAAGGAAACUCUGCACGCACUAGUCCCAGCUGUUAAUCAUAUAGGCCCACUCGCGGUGAUCUCUCGAGGCGUCGGAAGCGGGGGGGAAGCUAUGAACAACACACUAGGAGAUUUUGAAAGUGAAAGAGGCGGUAAAGGGCCAUGGAGCAGAGAAUCAUUUGAUUUGUUUGGAUCAUGGAGGCCUCCUGUACAACAGUCAUAAACAAAUGCAUACCCCGUUAUCGCUCGCCCGCCAAACUGCUAAGAUUUCUGUCUCUCUAACAAGCAUAAGGAGCAGCCGCUCAAUCGUACGCUAUUCAAUCAUACUGAUGUCAAAUCUUCGAAUUUCAAAUGGAAUGGCUUUCCUAGAGCUAUGAGCUACUA